AUGGCGGCGCCCACAGAACACAGAUGGCGGCGCCCACGGCCCUCUGGCUGGAGGGCCAAGAUGGCGGCCUCCACGCCGGAAGUGCCGGCGCAGACCAGAACCCUGAGGGAGGGGGGGGCGGAGGGGGGAGGAGGGCCCGGGGGGGGGUUCUGGGGGUUCGAGGGGGGGCUCUGGGGGUCUCGAAGGGGGUCUCGAGUAGGGGGAGGGGGCACCCGGCCGCCAUUUGGCGUUGGAGGCGGAGCGGGAGCGGAGGCGCCUCCCCGGGGCCCCCCCCUCCCCUCCCGUCCUUCCGCCUCCUCCUCCUCCGCCCCCCCCUCGCCUCCCCCUCCCCCCGUGAGGCGCCGGGAGCGGCCGGGAGCGAUCGGACGCCGCCCCCGCCUCAGCGGCACCGUGGAAGUGGAGUGUGAGGAGGAGGAGGAGGGCCCCGCGCACACAGGUGCCGCGGCGCAGGUCCCGGCGGGCAGAAUGACCGGCUCCAGCCCCGUCUCUCCGGCCUCGUCCGCGGGGUCCCCGGGCAGCCCCUCCCCCCCCGGCCCCCCCCGGCCGGCCGCGCCCCCCGAGGGCCCCCCCGAGGGCCCCCCCGGGCCCCCCGAGCCCCCCUGGCUGUGGGAGCGCAGCCACGCCGAGAUCGCCGAGCAGGCCAAGCACGAGGCCGAGGUGGAGCACCGCGUGGCUGAGAUGAAGCGUGAGGGGUUUUGGUCGCUGCGGCGCCUGCCCAAGGUUCCGGAGCCGGCGCGGCCCAAGGUGCACUGGGAUUACCUGUGCGAGGAGAUGCAGUGGCUGGCCGCCGACUUCGCCCAGGAGCGCCGCUGGAAGAGGGGCGUGGCCAGGAAGGUGGUGCGGAUGGUGAUGCGGCACCACGAGGAGCAGCGGCAGCGCCAGGAGCGCGCCAAGCGCGAGGAGCAGGCCAAGCUGCGCCGCGUGGCGGCCGCCAUCGCCCGCGAGGUGCGGCACUUCUGGAGCAGCGUCGAGAAGGUGGUGCAGUUCAAGCAGCAGUCGCGGCUGGAGGAGAAGCGCAAGAAGGCGCUGGACCUGCAGCUGGAUUUCAUCGUGGGCCAGACCGAGCGCUACUCGGACCUGCUGAGCCGCAGCCUCAACGCCCCGCGGCACGGCGCCCGCACCUGCACAGCCCCGGCCGAGAGCCCCCCCCGGCCUCUCGGGGACCUGCUGGGCUCCCUCCCCCCGCAGGUGCUGAGGAGCUCUCGGGACCCUCCCCCGCCCUGGGGCCCCCGUGAGGAGGAUGAGGAGUUCGCAGCUGAGGAGGAGGAAGGUGAGGAUGAGGAGGACACGAUCGCGGCCCAGGAGCGCCUGGAGGGCGACGUCGAUCACCAGCAGGAGCUCGACGACCUGGCCAGGGAGGGUGCGCUGCCCAUGGAGGAGCUGCUGCAGCGUUACCGCGGCGCCUUCACUGACUCCGACUGCGACUCCGCCCCCGGCGCCAGCAGCACCCGCUCAGACUCACCUGGCGGUGACAGUGAGGAGGAUGAGGAUGAGGAAGACGACGAGGAGGAGGAGGAGGAGGAUGAGGCCGAUGACGAGGAGGAGGAGGAGGAGGGGGAGGGGCAAGAGGGUGGGGCUGGAGCGCCAGGGGAGGCUGGGGGGGGCGUGGCCCCACCCACACCUGCCCAGGUGGCCCCGGCCCCGGCCGCAGCUGCCGGCCCCGCCCCCAAGAAGGAGAUCAGCGACAUCGCGGCGGCCGCCGAGAGCCUCCAGCCGAAGGGCUACACCCUGGCCACCACACAGGUGAAGACGCCGAUCCCGCACCUGCUGCGCGGCACGCUGCGCGAGUACCAGCACAUCGGGCUGGACUGGCUGGUCACCAUGUACGAGAAGCAGCUCAACGGGAUCCUGGCCGACGAGAUGGGGCUGGGCAAGACCAUCCAGACCAUCUCCCUGCUGGCACACCUGGCCUGCGAGAAAGGUAGCUGGGGCCCUCACCUGAUCAUCGUGCCCACCUCGGUGAUGCUGAACUGGGAGAUGGAGCUCAAGCGUUGGUGCCCCAGCUUCAAAAUCCUCACCUACUACGGCGCCCAGAAGGAGCGGCGGCUCAAGAGACAGGGCUGGACGAAGCCGAACGCGUUCCACGUGUGCAUCACCUCCUACAAGCUGGUGCUGCAGGACCACCAGGCCUUCCGCAGGAAGAACUGGAAAUACCUGAUCCUGGACGAGGCCCAGAACAUCAAGAACUUCAAAUCCCAGCGCUGGCAGUCCCUGCUCAACUUCAACAGCCAGCGGCGGCUGCUGCUGACAGGUACGCCGCUGCAGAACUCGCUGAUGGAGCUCUGGUCGCUGAUGCAUUUCCUGAUGCCGCGCGUGUUCCAGUCCCACCGCGAGUUCCGCGAGUGGUUCCACAACCCCCUGACCGGGAUGAUCGAGGGCAGCCAGGAGUACAACGAGAGCCUGGUCAAGAGGCUGCACAAGGUGCUGCGGCCGUUCCUGCUGCGCCGGCUCAAGGUGGACGUGGAGAAGCAGAUGCCCAAGAAGUACGAGCACGUGCUCAGGUGCCGCCUGUCCAAGCGCCAGAGGUUCCUCUACGACGACUUCAUGGGCCAGGCCAGCACCAAGGCCACGCUGGCCAGCGGCCACUUCAUGAGCGUCAUCAACGUGCUGAUGCAGCUGCGCAAGGUGUGCAACCACCCCGACCUGUUCGAGCCCCGCCCCGUCACCUCCCCGCUCGUCACACCUGGCCUCAGCCUCGGCACCCCUGCCCUGGUGCUGCGCGCCCUGGAGCCACACCCCUUCCAGCAGGUGGACCUGUCCCCGUUCGAGCUGGUGGCGCUGGAGGCUCACCUGUCGCGCUACGCGGCCGAUUGGUUCCUGCCGCGCUUCCGCGUCACGCGGCGCCUCGUGGAGGACGUGGCCGCCGCCCCCGACCCCCCGCCACGCCCCAAACCCGUGCGCAUGAAGGUCAACAGGAUGCUCCAGCCGGUGCCGAAGGCGGAGCCCCGGGCGGUGCUGCUGCUCCCCGCCCCCCGCCCCGCCCCAGGGGGCGUGGCCUCACCAGCCCCCGCCCCUACUGCUCCAAACCCCGCCCUCUCCACGCCAAACCCCGCCCCCCUGCUGGUGGCCCCGCCUCUUGUCACGCUGGGCCACGCCCAGGCCCCGCCCCCCAGCGCUUGCCCCACCCCUUUGGUGACGCCUCAGGGGGCGGGGCUGAACCUGGGGCUGGGAUUGGCGCUGGCCCCUCCCAGGGCCACGCCCACGCUGCUGGCUCCACCCCCUGGAGGCCCCGCACAUGCCCUGCCAGCGGCGUCAUUGGCCACGCCCACCCCUGCAGGAGGCCCCGCCCCCGUGACCACGCCCACACCAAAUAUGGGCAAAGGGGCGGCUCCGGCCCCUCCCCCGGCCGUGGCCACCUUCGCGCUGCCCCAGCGGCUCCUGCUGGCCCCGGACAUGCAGGCCCGGCUGCCCUCGGGAGAAGUCGUCAGCCUGGGCCAGCUGGCGGCCCUGGCCCAGCAGCGCCCGCCAUUGGCCAGCGCCGCCGCAGGGGGCGGGGCCAAGGCCGCGCCCCUCCCCCCGCCGGCCCCGCCCCCCACCGCGCUGGCGCUGGCCCCGCCCCCGCCCCGCGGGCUCGCCCUGCCGGCGCCGCUGGUGAACAGUGCGGGGGUGGUGAAGAUCGUGGUGCGCCAGGGGCCCCCCCCCGCCCCUCCCCCACCCCCCGGCCCCUCCCCCGCCCCCCAGGGCCGCCCCCCCCCCCUGCUGCGGGUGCUGCCGGCCGCCCCUCCCCCCACCCCGGGACCCCCCCAGAGCGGAGCCGCGGCGCCAGAGACAGUUUUCGGGGAGUCGCUGGAGUCGCGGCGCGCGCGGGGCCGUGCGGAGCGGCUGGAGCGGCUGCUGCGGCUGAACGAGCUGCGCUGCGGCCUCAGCCCCGUCUACGGCCGCGAGGUGCUGGGGUUCCUGACGCUGCCGCCGCCCGCGCUCGGGGGGGCCCUGCAGGGCGCCCGUUUUUGGGGUUUUUGGGGUUUUUUUGGGGGGAUUUCAGGGAGUUUUCAGCAGGGUUUGUGUCAGGGUGAAAUUUCUCGAGAAGUGAAAAGGAAAAAAGACCCGUUUUGGGUGUGGCCAGGUGUUUUUGGGGGCGUCCCCAGGUAUAACCCAGGUGUAUCCCAGGUGUCCCAGGUGUAUCCCAGGUGUAUCCCAGGUGUGUCCCAGGUGUCCCAGGUGUGUCCCAGGUGUAUCCCAGGUGUCCCAGGUAUAACCCAGGUGUGUCCCAGGUGUAUCCCAGGUGUAUCCCAAGUGUCCCAGGUGUCUCAGGUGUGUCCCAGGUGUAUCCCAGGUGUAUCCCAGGUGUGUCCCAGGUGUGACCCCCCCCUGCCCGGCAGGUUCCUGGUGGCGGUGCCGGCGGUGGCGUCGCGGGGCGUGUCCCUGCACAGCGGCCGCCCCCCGCCCUGGGCGCAGCGGCAGCGGCAGCGCCUGGAGCAGCGGCUGCAGGAGGAGCUGCGGGGGCGGCUCCCGGGGGGGCUCCUGCACCUGCAGGGACCCCGCAGCCACUUCCCCGACCCCCGCCUGGUGCAGUACGACUGCGGUAAGCUGCAGGCCCUGGACGUGCUGCUGCGGCGGCUGCGGGCCGGGGGGCACCGGGUGCUGAUCUUCACGCAGAUGACGCGGAUGCUCGACGUGCUCGAGCGCUUCCUCACCUUCCACGGCCACAUCUACCUGCGCCUGGACGGCUCCACCCGCGUGGAGCAGAGACAGGCCCUGAUGGAGCGCUUCAACGCCGACAAGCGAAUCUUCUGCUUCAUCCUCUCCACGCGCUCGGGCGGCGUCGGCGUCAACCUGGCGGGGGCCGACACCGUGGUGUUCUACGACUCGGACUGGAACCCCACCAUGGACGCGCAGGCGCAGGACAGGUGUCACCGCAUCGGCCAGACCCGCGACGUCCACAUCUACAGGCUGAUCAGCGAGCGCACGGUGGAGGAGAACAUCCUCAAGAAGGCCAACCAGAAACGGCUGCUGGGGGACAUGGCCAUCGAGGGCGGCAACUUCACCACGGCCUACUUCAAACAGCAAACCAUCCGCGAGCUGUUCGACAUGGCGCCCGAGGAGCGCGAGCGCGACGGGGAGCGCGACGGGGACGGGGACAGGGACAGGGACAGGGACAGGGACAGGGACGGCCCCGCCGAGGAUGACGAGGACCCCGCGGCCACCAGGAGGACGCACAUCCUGGAGCAGGCGCUGUGCGGGGCCGAGGACCCCGAGGACAUCCGGGCGGCGUCGCAGGCGCAGGCGGAGCACGUGGCGGCGCUGGCCGAGUUCAGCGAGUCGCUGAGCCCCGAGGAGGGGGGAGCCGCCCCCGAGGGCCCCGAGGAGGAGCUGAGCAAGGCCGAGCUGGAGGAGCUGCGGGGGCGCUGGCGGGAGCUGGAGGAGCGCGAGCGCCGCGAGAGCAAGAAGCUGGCGGAUGAGGAGGCGCUGCGGCGGCUGCGCCUGAGCGAGGAGCAGAUCGAGCACCUGCAGCGACGGCUGGCGGCCACCAAACAGGAGGAGGAGGCGCUGCUGUCGGAGAUGGACGUGACGGGCCAGGCCUUCGAGGACAUGCAGGAGCAGAACCUGCGGCUGCUGCAGCAGCUGCGCGAGAAGGACGACGCCAACUUCAAGCUGAUGUCGGAGCGCAUCAAGGCCAACCAGAUCCACAAGCUGCUGCGCGAGGAGAAGGACGAGCUGGCCGAGCAGGUGCUCGCCCUCAAGGCGCAGGUGGAGGCGCAGCUGCAGGUGGUGCAGAAGCUGGAGGAGAAGGAGCGGGGCCUGCAGAGCGCCCUGGGCGCGGUGGAGAAGGAGCUGAGCCUGCGCUCGCAGGCGCUGGAGCUGCACAAGAGGAAGGUGAGGGGCCUCAGGUGGGCUCAGGUGUGUCCAGGUGUGUCCCCAGGUGUGUCCAGGUUGUCCCAGGUGUCCCCAGGUGAGCCAGGUGUGUCCCCAGGCGGUGGAGGCGGCCCAGCUGGAGGCCGAGGACCUGCGGGCGCAGGGCGAGCACGUGCAGGCGCGGCUGCGGGAGCUGCAGGUGUGCGCGGCCGAGAACCGCGCGGCCAAGGACAAGGAAUCGCUCAGCCUCAAACGCGCACAGGAGGAGCUGUCGCGGCUGCGCCGGAAGCUGGAGAAGCAGCGCAAGGUCGAGGUUUACGCCGACGCCGACCAGAUCCUGCAGGAGGAGAUCAAGGAGUACCGGGCCCGGCUGACCUGUCCGUGCUGCAACGCCCGCAAGAAGGACGCGGUGCUGACCAAGUGCUUCCACGUCUUCUGCUUCGAGUGCGUCAAGAGCCGCUACGACACGCGGCAGCGCAAGUGCCCCAAGUGCAACGCGGCCUUCGGCGCCCACGACUUCCACCGCGUCUACAUCAGCUGAGCGCCCCGAGUGACCGCUGAGUGACCGCUGAGUGA